AUGAUACUUAAACUGCACCCCGCAUCGGCUUUGUUUCUCUACCAAUAUCAACUGACAUUCCGAACAUUUGUUAGCAUCAUGAUUUACCAGUCCGAGAACCCAAACAUCUCUUUUUCACCAAACCAGACAUUAUGGUCAUGGAUUUUCGAGUCCAAGACAUUCGCGUAUGGAGAUGAGGCUCCAGGCUUUACCGAUGCCAUCACCAAGAAGCAUAUCAGCUACGGGUUACUGAAAGAUUAUGCAACAUCGUUGUCUUCAGUCCUCGUUGCUCAGUAUGGACUGAAACAUAACGACACGGUGAUUGUCUACGGCAGGAACUCCAUCUGGUGGCCUGUUGCUACUCUUGCUACUAUCCGCGUCGGGGGUGUAGCUUGCGGAGUAUCGCCAGACUACACCGUUGACGAGCUUGCUUACAGUCUCAAGACUAGCAAGUCAAAGAUCAUGUUUGCUACCGUUGAAAAUAUCGAUAAAGCCCAUGCCGCAGCUGUCAAAGUCGGGAUCCCUAAGAAGAACGUGAUUCUCUUGGAAGGCUCCCAUGAGGGAAGCACGAGCAUACAGGUACUUCUGGAGAAAUCAAGCGGUGUUACAGAAGUACCCCCAUUUCAAAUCCCCAAGGACAAGACCAAUGCCGAUGUUUGCACAUUUCUUUGCUUCAGCAGCGGUACUACCGGUCUUCCGAAAGCGGUCAUGAUAUCACACGCCAACAUUAUCGCCCAAUGCCUCCAAGUGGCAGACCUCACGCUUCCUAGUCAUAACAAAAUCCUGGCAGCUUUGCCGUUCUAUCACAUCACCGGCAUCGUGCAUCAACUGCACUUCCCAAUCUACCUCAAUGCCAAUGUUUACGUCUUGGCCAAGUUCACGCUAGACACGCUUCUGCAGACUGCAUCGGAGAACAUGAUCAAGGAGCUUCUCCUUGUCCCGCCCAUCAUUAUUCGUCUAGUCCGCGAACCCAAGUUGGUGGCAAAAUAUGACUUGUCUCAUGUUGAACGCUUUUCGUCCGGAGCAGCCCCUUUAUCGCGAGAAAUUCUUACUCUACUUGAGAAAGCCUUUCCUGGAACCGGUUUUAAGCAGGGUUAUGGCAUGACCGAGUCAUGUUCCUGUAUUGUCGCCCAUCCACUUGGAAAGUAUGCCUACAAGUAUGCUGACAAGGUGGGUACACUGGUGGGAUCUACAGAGCUCCGAAUAGUAGAUAUUGAAACUGGAAAGGACUGCGAGGUCAAUAAACCGGGUGAAAUCUGGGCUCGUGGGCCACAAAUGGCUAUGGGGUAUCUGGACAACCCCAAGGCAACGCAAGACACCUUUGAUAAAGAUGGGUUCUUGCAUACUGGCGACAUAGGAUAUAUCGACGAAGAAGGCUUCCUGUCUAUCACAGAUAGGCUGAAGGAAAUGAUCAAAGUCAAAGGAAUUGCAGUGGCUCCAGCGGAACUCGAGAACCUGCUCCAAGGACAACCUCAGGUUGACGAUGUCGCUGUGUGCGGUAUUCCUGAUGAGCUUGCUGGUGAGCGGCCGAAGGCAUUUGUCGUGUUGAAUUCUUCGCACUCCUCAAGACCUGCUGAAGCAGCAAAGGAGAUCUUUGAAAACGUCAAGAAAGCAACAGCGCGACACAAAUGGCUUGAAGAGAUUGAGAUUGUCUCUGCGAUACCGAAAAGUCCGGCAGGAAAGAUUCUCAGGCGUAAGCUGCAGGGCAAAUCUGUUGAUGGCAGUAACAAUAUUGUUGUCAAGGAUGAUAGACUUGUAUCAAAGCUUUAG